CCUUGAUAUUUGUGUUUGGUCUGUUCGUUCCAAGGACUUUUUCGUUCGAAAAUUUAAUAAAUUUUAAGAGUUAUGUGGCGGUCAGUCCGGUUUUCUGGCUUAAAACUAAAAACUUCCUUUCCAGGAACAAAAUUCCAAAGACUGUCUUCAACUUCAUCUAGGAGUGGAAGUGGAAAAGUGAUAGUUAGCUUAAUUGCAACAACUGGUUUUGGAUUAACUGGAGCUAUUGUGUAUGGAAAAUAUGAUCCAAAAUUUAAGGAAUUACUUCAAGAAAAUAUUCCAUAUGUCAGUUAUAUAUACAAAUGGUUUCCUGAAGAGGAUCAAAAAUCAACUAGUCCACGUAAAGAAUCUGCAGUAGGAUUGAAAGAUGUGGCUGUUUCAGAUAGUUUGUUAAAAAAGAAACUUGAUCGUGAAAAGGCAGCAGCUACUGAGGUGAAAAGGCCUGCUGUGGAACCCCAAACCAGAAAGCCAGGAGCAGUAGCACAGACAAGUGAUGACACUAAGAAAGAUAGCAUUGUAAAAAAGUCUGAAAUAAAACUUGAAGAGAAAGUUGAACUAUCAGAAAAGGCAGAACGUUCAGAUACGUUGAAAGAAGCUGCAGUAACUGAUAUGUUAAAGAAACUAGAGAAAAGCUCAGAAGAAACAGUUGCUAUACACAUGUCUGCUGUUAAAGCUAUUAAAAACUACACAAAAAAAUUAUAUGAAGCUCUUGAUAUGCCUGAGGGUAAGGAUGGAGAUAUUGUUUGGAAAGAAGCGAGUAGUGCUGGAUCGGAAAAAGCUGAAGCUCUGAAAUUAGCUGAAAGAAAAGCGUCUGAUAUAAAAGCUAUCAUCGAGAAACUUCAAGUUAAUCUGAAAUAUAUAGCUGAAAAAGAUGCUAAAAACCCACUUCUGAAGACUAGUGAAGAGCUGAUUUCUGAAGUCAAAAAGCGAAUUCAAAAUGCUGAGGCAAAAUUAUCUUCUGCUGAGACAGAAGCUAGAACAGCAACUGAAUAUCAGAAUUUAGUUAAUACAAGUAAAGAACAAUUUCGUAAAGAACUGCAGAUCGUGUUGCCAAAUUACAUUCACGGUGACAAAAGUAAAACAAUGACAGAAAGUGAUCUGAAUCUUUUGAUUGCUCACGCACACAGAAGAAUUGAGCAACUUCAGAAGCAGUUAGCCAAGCAGCAGGUUACUGAAAAGUUCAGAGUUGAUGAAGCUGUGCGUCAGCAAAAAAAGCAGGAUGAAAAAGUGACAGAAUCCAAAAUUGAGGCAGAAUUGGAAAGGCGACAUUUAGAUUUGGAAACUGCUGUUGCAAAUCGUGUUGCUGCUUUAAAGGACAAUUUUGAAGUUGAAUUAAGACAACAGUUGCGUAGGCAAGCAGCUGCCCAUGCAGAUCACAUUCAAGAGGUAUUAAAGGUUCAAGAGCAAGAACUAGAAAGGAAGCAUUGUUUGGAAUUAGAAGAAAAAUUGCUUCACCAGAAAGGUGUUUUUAUAUCAGAAGUUUCUGGAAAUAUGGCUCGCUUAAAAGGAAUUUUAACAUAUUUAAAAGCUAAAGGUGAAUUUGACAAGUUAUCAAAAAGUGCACAAUCUUUAUGGCUUGCAUGCCAAGCAAUGAGCGACAAAAUUGAAGCUGAUAAGUCUGGUGAAUUAUAUCCUUUGAGUAAAGAAAUUGCUGCAGUAAAGGUUUCAGCAAGUGAGGAUAAUGAAUUCAUCAAUUGUGUUCUUGCUAGUAUACCUUCCAAAGCUGUAACUAGAGGAGUUUAUACUAGUGAAGAUCUUAAACAACGAUUUUUUGAAAAUGUAAAGCCAGUUUGCCGCAAAGUAGCACUGAUUGAUGAAAAUAAUGACAGCUUGUACAGAUAUUUGUUAUCUUAUUUGCAAUCUUUCCUAACCAUAGAUGUUAUAUCUAUCCCAAAAGAAGAAUUAAGUGGAAAAGUUGCUGUGGAUCCUUCUGAGUGGGAUACUUUUGAUAUAUUGUCUAGAAUAUCAUACUGCCUGAAAAUAAAUGACAUGGAACAAGCUUUACGAUAUGCUAAUCAGCUAAGAGGUGAACCAAGGGUUGUUGCAACAGACUUUAUAAAUGAAGUUAGGUUACUGUUGGAAACACGCUUAGCUGUGAAAGCUUUACUAGCUCAUGCAGCAGCAGUUAGUGUACAAGCCUACCACUAGGAGCAUUGAAAAUAGGAAAAUAUUAGAAAAGUUAUAAUUUUUUCUGUAGUGAUCUUAUUCUAUUUUAAUUAUUCAUAUGAAAAUCAUUUACAAUUAUCGAUUACAAUAUUUUGUUCAUGUAAAAUGAAAUUAUUUUUAUAACCAAGUACAGGUUUAUGUUCUUAUAAUUAAGCUUUUUUAUACUGUGUAAUUUUUAAAUUAUUCCUCACUAAGCACAGUAAUCUGUUGUUGCAGUAAAGGCUGUUUUUAUUCAUACAAACUGGAGUGUGUACUAAGAGGACAUAAUUUAGCAAUUUGAAAAUCAAAACCUUCAGCACUAACUUGUGAAGUGGUGUAAUGUGCAUGUGUGAUAUUAAUUAAUUAAUCAGUUAAUAAAAUCAAAUGUUAGUAAAAUAAAAUAAAAUCGUGUAUGUUUAAUUUUUCACUUGAAAUAGCAGAAAAUAUAGAUUUAAAGUACUGUUAGAAGUUGCCUUGUUUAAAUACCUUUUUAUUCUUCACUUUAUAAGCUAUUUCUCCCACCUUCUUGGUGUGCCUUCAUGGUGUAGUGGUUUUGCAUGCUGGGCCAGUAUUUCAGAGGUCCGUGGUUCAAUUCCUGGCGAAGGUGGUUGCUAAUUUUUCAUCUCUUCUGCUUUUCCAAUAAACCUAAUGCCUCUACAGUAGCACCCAAACUUAAAGGGUAUUGGAUGAGGAUUCUCCACACCCCGGAUUUGGCCGGUAUUUCAGAGGCCCGUGGUUUGAUUCCCGGCGAAGGCGAUUGCUAAUUUUUCAUCUCUUCGGCUUUUCCAAUAAACCUAAUGUCUUUACAACUUCACCUGAUGUAAGCAUAUGAAAUGAAAGCCUGCCAUCUUCUCUAAAAAGACUGGCGCUUAUAUGUAAUAGCAAGUUGUGAUUAUAAAUUGUUUUAUUUUGUGGU